AUUCGGUCACGUUCCGACGAACGUUCUAGGAGGAGUUCGCAAAAGAAGGUUUUUCAAAAAAUUCAAAAUGGCGGAAAAUUGAAAUCGGAGAUGUACGUUUUGUUCAUCAUGGGACAAGGUUUCCAACGUGAGACACUUGAGGUUCAACAUUUAUGGCCAUUUUUAUAAAUUUUUUGUUUUGGUUACUGUAGCGCCACCGUGUGGCCGAUCGGGGCGAGACUUUGCGCCAUUACAGACUGGUGGAGUACUACCAUCCCUCAAAGUGUCAAGUCUCUAGGCCUUACGGUUUGUUCUGCACAAUCAGUUAUAGAACAAAAUAAUAAUAAUAAUAAUAAUAAUAAUAAUAAACAACAAUAAGUUUUCAGCACUUUGCAGUUGAACUCCUAAUAAGAAAGUGCGCAUGAAAACUUUUCUAGUGGCUACAACUUUACUAAAAGAGACCAAUGGCAUCCCUAAGAGUCUGGUGUUUAGCGUAAAAACCUCCAGUUUGGAAGCACAACACAAUAGUCACGCUUUAGUAAGAUGUGGCUGUACUUCAAUCAUCUUGUUCCUGAUCUUGGUCCAAGACAUGGCCAUGCAUUAUUUUAUUUUUUUGUAGGGACGUCAUCAGCAGGGCUUCAUACUUUCUAAAUUUUCAGCUCCUUAAAGUCAGUACUGGUGAGAAAAUCUUCAUAUCGCACCUAAUUAAACCUCUUUGUAAGAACUAGAAGAGUCCAGUGUGAGCAGUAAGUGAAAUCACUCACCAGUGCUGAAGGUGAGGAUGAGUAACAGCUGGACACAGUGAGGAAUGCUGCAGGAUCUCAUGUCUGAGAAAACGACGACCCCAUCAGCACUGCACAGGUGAGCAACAGGUGUAUGGAGAGGAUUCCGUGUCCGAGCAAAAAGCAAUCACAUCACUGGAAAUAAACUGAAAUACAAUACACCAAAAAACUUUUCUUUAGUGACAUCAGGAUAACGUACCACACUGAAAAGCAAAACCUUCAUUGCAUUAGACUGGAAAAUUUACAUCCAUUUGUUGAGGACAUUCAUCACAUACAUUUUUACACACCUGGAGAUAGACCCUGGGGAGAUAUCAGUUUCAGACAGAACUCCAUUCUGGGAAAUAAUUUGUGGAGAUGUAACUCAGAUUUUUGGCUGAGGUUCCAGUCAGAAACAUGGCAAUGGUUCAGGGUUCAGAACUGUACUGCAGCCAGCCGUGUGGCUUCUCGUGUGAAGCACGAGGAACCCUAAAUUCAGCAGUGAUGAUGUGGUGGUGUGCGAUCCUCACACAGGAUACCCUUUACAGCCACAGAUAUGUUCAGAAUGCUUACAUGCUCAUACAUCACAUUUCUACAGUGUUUUAGUUUAAAACGCAAGUUGAUAUGCUACAGGAGCAUUGUGAAAUUCCAACCUGUAGUAGAUCCGAAGUUUUCAACUGGAUCUCACACUCACUCUACUCUUAUUGGGAGGAGCCUAGGGAUAUUUGCCAAGUCUGUAUGCUCGCUGCUGAUAUUUAACAACAGUUUUAUCCUUCUUGUGUUUUCCUGGGGAGUAAUGACGGAGAGAGAGAGAGAGAGAGAGAGAGAAAGAGAGAGGGGUUUCGACGCUUCCACAUGAUUAUUAAAGUUGAACUACAGUCCAGGAUUCUAAAUUCACAUUGUGGGUCGGAUUGAAGCCUUUAUCAGACUGGUCUGUAGGUUUGAUGCCCCUGUUCUAUCCCCAGUUUAUUUCCAGUGAUGUGAUUCUGCUCUUUUUGCUCGGACACGGAAUCCUCUCCAUACACCUGUUUCUCACCUGUGCAGUGCUGAUGGGGUUGUGGUUUUCUCAGACAUGAGAUCCUGCAGCAUUCCUCACUGUGUCCAGCUGUUACUCAUCCUCACCUUCAGCACUGUACCAGCAAUGGCUCCCACCACUGUAAAGGUGAAGCUCCAUCAGUCUGCUGACCUCAUCUGUAAACAGGAGUGUCCUGGAUUGUUAAAAUGGAUCAUGGAUAAGCAGCCAGAUGAUAUUCUGGCUCAUUGUAAUCAGACAUCCUGUAGCUCAAAGGAGGGAUAUAAAAUCUCCCAUGAUCAGUAUAAGAACGGGGAUCUGUCCCUCACCAUAAUGGAAGCUGAUUACAGUAAGAGGACCAUCUAUGCCUGUGAGUGCAGUAAUGAAGACAUCUGUCACGUGUGGCUCUGCAUUGAACCUGUGAUGUCAUUAGUUCAGCUUAAACCUGGUGAAGAUCUGAUCCUGGCUUUGCCCAUACCAGAGCCAGUGGAGGUGAUUUAUAACAGCAGUGAUACUUCUGGUCCACGCCAUCAACUAAUCUGCACUGUGGUUGGAGGAUCACUCCAGUGUAAAGAUGAAUACACACCGAGAGUAUCGCUCCGUUACCCAAACCUUACGCUGGCAGCUGUAAAUGUGUCUGAUAGCGGAGUCUACAUCGUCCGGGACAGGAAGAACAAUGAAGAUAUUCAUGUGUACAGCGUCUCUGUGGGAGAUACGUCUUUGGUUUGGGAUACAGACAUAAAGCAGACGAGUGUAUGGCAGAUCCUGAUGCCUGGACUUGUGGUGUUUCUGGCUGGUGUUGCAGUGCUGAUAAUUGUGUACCUAAAGAGAACCACAACGCUGGCAGAUGAAUUUACCACAGAGAUGGAACCAGAGACUGUUCUAGUGAAUGGAACUUUUAUCCUCCAUUGAUGCCGUAGAAAUCUAACAGCUGAUUGGGAAGAAGAAACAUUUAUUUUUACUACAUCUGCAUUUUUACUACAUCUGCAUUUCGCUUCCAUUUUCUGGCUUAAUUUCAAUUAAUAAGGAAUUAAACUAAAAACUGGACUAGGUUUACCACACGGUACAUCCUAAUCAGUCCAACGAGGCACCUACAGAGGAGACAGCCUAAAGCGAGGCAGGUGGAGCAAACCCACUGCUUCAUCAGCUGCUAAUCUCAAAACAAGGUGCUAAUUUCAGAGUAAACAGGAGCAAUACCUUGCUGUUGAACAUCCCCACUUUUCUGACAGGGUUUUCUACUAGAUUGUGGAACGUGGCUGCUGGGAUUCGCUUCCAUUCAGCCACAAGAGCAUUUCAAGACUUUAUAUUUAUAAGAAGCUGUUGGACAAUACAGUAAUUUUAGCAUAUUGAGGCACAACAUUUUGAUGUUAAGAACAAAUGCAGGACAAAAGUCGGGAUUGUAGUUCAUCUCAAAGAUGUCAGAGCUCCGUCCACGGUAGAGAAGUUCUUCCACAGCAAACUCAACAAACAAACAACCUGGUCAUAUAUAAUGCCAUUUCUGGAAGUUCUCGGGAAUAUUCUAAGACUCUAUUAAGAUUUCUCUUUGCUGGAAUUUAAGGGACCAGACCAUGAAGUGGAAGACACGUCCACAAACUUUCGCAGUUGUAGUAGUGUAGUUCGAAAGUUAACUAUACUUUACAAAAAGUUGUGUUUUGGAACCAUUUGAAAUGCAUCUGAAAAUACAUGCAGCAGAACGCUGCAUUCAAAUGCAAUUUUAGAUGAUUAGACGUAAUGAAAGACAAUAUCAGUUAGAGAUAAAAGCCCCAUUCCUGACAAAUUUUAACAUAAGACUGAGGUUUUGUAGAACUUCUAACCUUCAGACAUUCCUUGUAGGAGCACCGUAUUGUAAUAUCAGAGUACGCUGCUAUGCUUCAUCACUCAAAAACAUUCCCCGCCCUCUUUUUGUUGUUGUUGUUGUUGGUGGUGGUGUUUAAAGUACUCGUAUGCACAUAGUACAGAAUGAGGAGCCGUACAGAAUGAGGAGCCGUAACCAAACUGCCAAAGAUCACUCCUGUACAGCUGAAAGCAGCGAGUGUGAUGUUUAUACUGUUUAAGUCUUAGUUUCACUCCACCAGCAUUGUGGUUGUCAGGGGUUUUGUAGUGGCAGCGGUGGAUGCAAGUGCAGAAAUAAAGUGAAAUUUACUGUAUUUUUGUUUUGCACUUUACUGAAAUAAAGUGCAAAACAAAACAACAAAACAGUGAAAACAAGGAUAAUGAACAUAAACAAUGGAUACUAGGUAAAAUACAGGAGUAGACUAAGAGCUACGGGUGGCAUAUGGCUUGACAACGAGGUGCAGAAACACUAGAACUUAGAUAGGGCGUUAAUGAAGGUGAGACGAGACACAGGUGAGCGUGAUGUGCAAACGUGACUUAAAUACUAGUGCUAAUUAAACUGAAACUUGAAUCAGGUGCAUACAGUCAUGUGACGUGAUCCUGUGAAGUGCAGUGGCUGAUGGGAAUCGUAGUCCCUCGGCGAAGUCGGUGUCACCCUGACAGGUUAUAUUAUGAGCGUGCAGCAAGUGAGCGAUGAAAUUUUUGCUUGUUUCCAAAGAAGCCACAGCUGGGUAGAGCGUUGCGUGUUGCCAUGGUAACGCAUAGACUGACGGACAGCCUGUAGUAACUGUAGUAACGGUUUCAGCGUAACGAACUGCUGCUAGAAGUGGAAUGUUAUGUAGUGAACACAGACGAGUGCAGUGACGCACACAGUGACACGUCGCAGUGCUGUUAGCGUGAAUAUCAGCGCUCUCAGAACACGGCUCGUCCAAUCAGAUUAUUGGACCGGAGCUAACUGCUGCAUAAAUAUAGUUAUAGCACAUCUCAUAGAUUGUGUAUGUCGGCUCUUGCUGAUUCAUGGAAUUUGGUUGUAAUCUAGUCCAAAAACCCUGUGUAUAGGAUCAGGUUUGGCUUGAAUUAUUUUUAUAGUUUAGAAUUAUAUUCAGCAAUAUUUCAUACAACACAACAAGGAUACUUUCUCCUUUUCUUAAAGUAUUAAGCCAUUCAUGUAGUUAAUGGUAGAAAGCAGGGAUUCCUGGCUACUGUGUUCUCAGACCGAGUAUGAAUGCAUGUUUUUUUGGCGAUAUGGAUACUGGAAUGAGUAAACUAGAGAGUAUUAAUCAAUCAGGUACGUCAUGGAAAGUGUUAUUUAGCUCUGUUUCCCUGGGUACAGAGUGGCCAAUGAAAGUGUGUGUGUGUGUGUUCAUGCACUUAAGCUACUAGUCUUCUUCUUUUUCUAAUGAAAUGCAUUAAUUAGCAUUAAUUAGUCAGCUGUGAAGGAAGGAUAGAGGUUGCAGUGGAGAAGAGUGAGUUUUGUUUCACUUCUGUAAAGUUUGUUUUGAGUCUCUCUUUGUAAAGGACCAAUAGCGGCUGAUCAUCAAGAACAACACACGGUUUAGAGCUGUUAUUUUUUUACUCACUUAGCCAGUUUUCUGCUACUAACUUUUCAUCAUCAGAGACGUGGUGGACAGAGUGCACAUCUCUUUGCUGUUUAAAAGUGCUGAGGUGUGUCUUUAGAAAAACGAGCUAAAACUUUACAUAUAUGGAAAUAAUCAUAAUGUCUGUUACUAAAGCGUUUUAAUGCUGCUGUUAGGGAAACUUUUUCACUCCAGAGGUUCAGAGAACCCUGUUAAAUACAAGUAAUGUGGUCAGUGAGAAAUAAUUGUAGGCUGCAAUGAGGAUUUGCAGACUCUGUAAACAUAAACACUAGCUCAAGCAAGCUUAGUGAAAAGGAUUUUUUAAAAUUAUUUAUUUUUUGCUUCUCCUGCACUAGAAUUAUUUGGGCAUAUUGUUGUACUUACAGUGCUGUGCUCUGUUUAUGCUUUUAUUUCAUUUAUUUGAAGAAUGUGUCUGAUGUGUAAUUGGUGUUUUAUGUAUAAGUGUGUACUGUACUCUCCUCAAAGCUACAGGGUUAUCGGUUCGAUCCUGACCGUGGAUUACUGAAUGUGUGAAGUUUCAUGCUGUUCUCUGUGUGUCUGAGUGUGUGAAUAUGUGAAUAUGCAAAUGUGUGAAUAUGCAAAUUUGCGUAUUGAAUGUGAAUGUGUGAAUAUGCAGCUACGUGAAUGUGUGAAUAUGCAGCUAUGUGAAUGUGUGAAUAUGCAGCUACGUGAAUCUGUGAAUAUGUGUGAAUAUGGAAGUGUGUGAGUGUGUGAAUGUGAGAGUGUUUGUAUGGUGCUCUAUGGUGGACUGGUGUCCUGUCCAGGGUGUAUUCCUGCCACAUGCCUAGUAUUCCUGGAACAGACUCCAGAUCCACCACAACCCUGCCCAGUAUACAGGUGUUACUGAGUGAGAGAGAGAGUGAUUUUAAUCUGAGAACGCUGUCAAUAAGAGACUUAUGCCUUAAUAAAUCACAAUAAAAAGAUUAUAAAUUCUUGA